AAUAAGCUCACACACGCUACCAUGAGCUGAAGUUUGCAUUGAGACUCAGCCAUCAGUUACUAUAAUUUAGCUGGACACCUAUUUACACCAAUAAAGUGGUGUAUUUUUAUUUUAUUGUUCAUUUUAAUGAAUGCUAGUGAGGCCCAUAAUUCCUCUUUGAAAUGAAUUGGUGUUCGUUCUCCGUGUGAUGACGUCACAGAAGGUCAGGGUGAUUUAGUCAGAGAGGUCAUCUGAUGUCUUAGAUUCACCCGCCGCUGAUGCACCCAGGAGGCAGCGUUUCUUUACAACCAACAGUAAACCCUGGUGAAAAUGUACCCAACCACCCUUACACAGCUGGCACGGUCGAAUCCUUUCCAGACUCCUCUGUUCCUCAUGAAACCAGAUCAGCAACAAGAGAGCCGACAGAUAAAACGCAAACUUGCUGCAGCAGCUUAUGCUGAUGCCGAUGUGAGCUGUGAAUAUGGGUCGAAUAAAUAUUACGCCCUCUGCGGUUUCGGUGGGAUUUUGAGCUGUGGUCUCACACACACAGCAGUCGUGCCCCUCGACCUCAUUAAAUGCCGCAUACAGGUGGACCCGGUUAAGUACAAGUCUAUUUUCAAUGGAUUUUCCGUCACGCUGAGAGAGGAUGGCUUGAGGGGGCUGGGCAAAGGGUGGGCUCCUACAUUUAUUGGUUACUCCAUGCAAGGCCUUUGCAAGUUUGGUUUCUAUGAAGUCUUUAAGGUCUUGUACAAUGACAUGCUUGGAGAGGAGAAUGCUUAUUUGUGGAGGACUUCAGUGUAUCUGGCCGCAUCUGCCAGUGCUGAAUUCUUUGCUGAUAUUGCACUGGCUCCUAUGGAAGCAUGUAAAGUGCGUAUCCAGACGCAGCCCGGCUAUGCUAACACCCUGAGAGAGUGCGCCCCCAAAAUGCAUGCUGAGGAGGGGCUAAAAGCGUUCUAUAAAGGUGUUUAUCCCUUGUGGCUGAGGCAGAUCCCCUACACCAUGAUGAAGUUUGCCUGUUUCGAGCGAACCGUGGAGAUGCUGUACAAGUACAUAGUACCAAAACCGCGUAGUGAGUGCUCCAAACCUGAGCAGCUGGUGGUGACCUUCGUUGCUGGUUAUAUUGCUGGCGUGUUCUGUGCUGUGGUGUCCCAUCCCGCUGACUCUGUGGUGUCUGUACUGAAUAAAGAGAGCGGCAGUUCAGCUGUUGAGGUGCUGAAAAGACUGGGCCCCGCAGGUGUGUGGAAGGGUCUUUUUGCUCGAAUCAUUAUGAUUGGCACACUGACCGCUCUACAGUGGUUCAUCUAUGACUCAGUGAAGGUGUACUUCCGUCUGCCUCGUCCACCGCCCCCUGAGAUGCCGGAGUCCCUUAAGAGGAAGAUGGGUCUCCUGGACUGCUAGACUUUUCUCUCAUCAGCAGUAUCCUGAGUAACUAAACAAAGUCAGAGGUUUUUUUCCACAUUCACCACUUGCAAAAAACUCCAGUCCCUGAAGUGUUUAUCAGUGUUGAAGGCAGUAUUUAAUUAUCACUAGGUUCUCCCAGGGACAUUGUGUGCAUGUAUGAAUAUUAGAGUAAAAUCAAUCACACACUAAACAUCUGUUGAUUUU